GGCUGCGGCGUGGGUGCGCGUUGCCGGGCAGUCAGCUGGCCGCGGGGCGAUAAGAGGGCGGGCGGCGCAGGUUGGCGGCGGUCGGUGCUCGCUGGUUCACCUGCCGCGCUCCGCAGCGGGAGGGAAGGCGACCGCUCUGCUAUGGCCGAGACGAUUGCGGACACCCGACGGCUGAUCAGCAAGCCGCAGAAUCUGAACGACGCCUACGGGCCGCCCAGCAACUUCCUGGAGAUCGACGUGGGCAACCCGCAGACGGUGGGGGUGGGUCGCGGCCGCUUCACGACCUAUGAGAUCCGCGUUAAGACAAAUCUACCUAUCUUCAAAUUGAAAGAAUCUACAGUCAGAAGAAGAUACAGUGACUUUGAAUGGCUAAGGAAUGAACUAGAAAGAGAAAGCAAGGUUGUGGUACCCCCUCUACCAGGAAAAGCCCUUCUCCGCCAACUCCCUUUCCGAGGAGAUGAUGGCAUAUUUGAUGACUCCUUUAUAGAAGAGAGGAAGCAGGCUCUUGAGCAAUUCAUAAACAAGGUUGCAGGCCACCCACUGGCACAGAAUGAGCGCUGUCUUCACAUGUUCUUACAAGAUGAAGUAAUAGACAAAACUACACACCAUCCAAAAUAAGGCAUACUUGAAUUCUGAAACCCAUCUUCUCAAACACUAGUGGUUCUUAUGCUUGGUUUUAAGAGGUUGUAGUUUGUCUUAGCAUGCUGAGGAUAAACGGGCACGAAGUCUUCACCAACAUGAGUACACUGCUUGGUCUUUGCAUAUGCUUUAUAACAUUAAGGAACUCACUUGUCUUCUAGCUAAAUCCCUCCAAAUUAUUGAUUUAAGAGUAUUAUACUAUGAGACCAUCUACCCCUUGCAAUGUCUCACAAACUUUUCCACUCUUAUUUGCAACGACUUAAUAAUGUUUACUGACUUGGCCUUACUUGAACUUGCACAGUUGUAAUGUCACAUAAUCACUUGUAUUUGACUAAACUGCUCUGCUGUUUCUGAGGUAGUCAUCUGUCUGAACUUCUGUAGAAAGAUUGCUUUAUUUCUGAUACCCUGUGUGAGAAACACUUAUGCAAUUGUCUUGAAGCUUGUAAAACACUUUAUACUGAAGUAAUGAGGGAAUUAUCUUUAUAUUCUGUAAGAGGAAAAAAAAUCAAAUUUAUAUACUAAAUAACUUGUCUAAAGUUUUGAAAUAAAAGUGAAAAUGCACUUCAAA